GUAAACUCAACUACUCGAGUGCAAAACAGGACAAUAGUGGCCGAGGUUUGGAAGAGACCGAGCGCCUCGUUUUGGCAGAGCAGAGAUAAUGGCAUGGAGAGGCCAACUUUCUAAGAAUCUGAAAGAGCUUCGGAUUCUUCUAUGUCAAUCUUCUCCUUCAAGUUCAUCUACUAGAACAUUUAUAGAGAAGAAUUACAAGGAUCUGAAGACCCUUAACCCAAAACUUCCAAUUCUGAUCCGUGAAUGCAAUGGAAUCGAGCCUCAGUUAUGGGCAAGAUAUGAUUUUGGUGUUGAGAGGGGCGUUCGGUUGGAGGGUUUAAGUGAGGCGCAGAUCUCGAAGGCCCUAGAAGAGCUUGGGAAAGUGGGUGCAUCACUUAAAGGUUGAUAUCGUUGCUGUUCUUCUGUGUGAAAUGAAAUAAAUUGAUAUUAUGGGAAGAACUAUUGAGUCUGCCCUUUGCGUUGCUAUCUCUCCGUGAUGUGCUUGUUUAAGAUUCUUAUUUGGUAGUUGGACAUUCAGUAUUGUUGUCGUUUAGUUUGAUCACAAUCAUAACAUGGCAUUGGCAUGUUUCCUUCCUAUUGAAUAACCAGGAUUGACAUUUUGUUUUUGGUAUUGAUAA